GAAUUUGUUUUUCUUUAAAUUUCUAUUUUAAACCCUAAAAGUCAUUUGAGUUCUUCAAAUUUGUAUUUGAAACCCUAAAAUUCAUUUGAUUUGUUCAAAUUUCUCUUUGAACCCUAAUAUUAAUUCAACUUUAUCGAAAUUUCUAUUUUAAAAAUAUAAACUAAUUUGAAUUUUCAUUUACAAUUUGAAGCUCACAAAUUCACAAAAAAUGUUAAAUGGUUGAUUCUUAUAAUUAAUAGGUAUGUUUGAUUCUCAAAAAUACAUAUUGGGAUGCGAGCCUUAGAUUUGGAUUGGCAAGGUUGUUUCUGUUUGUAAUUUUGAUGCUGAUAUUCAGGAUGAGGAGCCUAAUCACUAUAUUGGUUUUCAUGUUUUUAAUAUUUUUUUAAUAUGAAGGACUAGAUGGAGUAUUUAAUAUUUGUUUUUUGAUAAAUGAAAAAGAAUAUAUAUGCAAAGUGUAAAAAAUAUCCUAUUUCAAUGUAACAAGUUUUAGCGCAUAUAACAGCUUGUUGUGAUUCUUCUUUUUUUUCAUAUACAUUAUUCAUGCUAUGUUUGAGCUUUUCAUAUGCAUGCAUGGCCAAGUUGUAAUUUGUCUGAGGAGGGUUAAUAAUGUAAAUAAAAUUGAUGAUUGUGAAUAUUCGAAUUGGCUUUACCAUACAACACAAACUGCAUUAUAUUUUCCUUGACUUUGAUUCUUAUUGUAAUAUUGAAGCAAGUAACAAAGUUAGGUCCAUUAUACUUUUCUUAUACUAUUCAAUUUCCUCAUAGAAAAACACGUAUAUAAGUUCUGUCCAGAAAUUUAGAACUUGAUAUUCCUUCAUUACAAUGACUCUAGAAUAUUGGCAGCAAUUUGAUGGUGACGUUUCAUGUUAUAAAUUAAAGCAAAUCAGCUCCUUGAAACUCAACUCAAUCGAAACCAAAGUUACAAUUACUUUCUCCUCUCAAUUCAAGCAAUGAAACUCAAGAAGAGAAAAAAACUAUAUUCAAAAGGGAAGCUCCAUACAACAAUGAUUUCCUUGAUUAAUAAGGUGGUAUUGCUACACCAAGACAAUGGCAGAAAAGAAUGCCGUGGAAAUUGCAAAAAGAGAUGCCCUUAUGGAACCAUUGUCAGAGUCACCCUCUAAUGCUAAUGUUGCAUAUAGAAUUUUUGGUGGUCAAAUGAAGGGUAACUAUUGGCUAAUUGUGGACGUGAGGAACGUAGCAAAUGCAUUACUUUUGGCUUACGAGAAUCCUAUAGCCAAAGGGAGAUACAUAUGCACGUCCCACACUAUAACCGAAAAAUAUCUGAGAGAGAAGAUGAGGAUUUUAAAUCCCAACUUAAACUUACCCCCCACAAUGUGCGUCGAAGAUGAUGAUAUCUAUGAGGAGGUGAAUAGCUAUGUUGAUUAGGAGGAUGUUAAACGGCAGCUGAGCUCUAUGAAACUGUAGAUAGAUUUGGGUUGGAGGUUCAAGCUCUAUACAUGCUAUACAUUUUCUAAAGCAAGUGUUUGCGUAUAUCAGGUUAAUUAUGUAGCCAGAUUUGGUAUUACAAGUCGGAAUUCUCUCAGAAUUCAAAGCGAAGGUUGAAUAGUCGGAAUUCUCUCAGAAUUUAAAGCGAAGCUUGAAGAUGCUGCUUGUAUUUUGUAUAUUAAACUGUAAGUUACUGUUAGCUUGAGAUUAGGGAUUAAGCAGGCCAUUUUCACAAAUGAGUCUACAUCAACUUAGGCAUGUGCAGCCUGAAUGGUAAAACGGGCCCUUGACACUAGUUAUAAACAAAUUAAAUUAUUAUAAUAUAUGUAGCAUUAUGAAAUAUGAUUAUUGUGUUAAUAAAAGUAUAGUCGGGUUUUGUUUCGUUUC